AAUAUUGAUGAAGGCAUAUUUACAAACUGACAAAAAAAAUAAUUUAAAAUACAUUAAUAUACUACAGAAAUUGAUAAGAAUUGUUUUUCUUUUUGCAAAUUUUGUUUGUCUGAAUUUUGUAUCGAACCAUUUUGAUUGAAAUUGAGACUGAAUUGGUGAGAAAUGAUAACUUACCAUAAUGAAGCACAUUUUGACAUUUGACAUACCGAGCAGGUUAUAAAUAUAAUGUAGUAAUCAGUCGGUAAUUUGUGAAAUAUAUUUAUGUAAUUCAGCAUAUAUUGUAUUAGAAAAAUAUAGAAAAGAUCUCUAUUAAGUGUACGGAAGAAAUUUAGAAAUGGCAAAGAAUUUUGGUUGCACUUGGUCGAAACAAAUUUUAAAACAUUUCACAAGCACGGGUCAGCAGUCAAAUUUGAAACUGUUUCCACGUGAAAUGAGAACAUCAUGUUCGAAAAGCAAAUUUCUUUAUGUGGCCAGUGAUGAAACGGCACAAAUAAUUGCAAAAGCAAUUCAACCCCAUUAUAUUACAAAUGUGCCAUUUUUUGAAGUCGAUCCAGGACCAUGUAUCUUAACAAGGGCAUUUUUGCAACAUUUAAGACCAACCACCCUCGCAUUGAUAAACCGUUACAAAGCUGAAAAAUUUAAAACAAUUCAAGAGAAUUUGAAAUUAUAUCAACCCCAAGUGUUGUUGAAAGAGGAACAUGUUGAAUUGUUUCAUUACAUUUCAGAAUAUAGCGUGAAACAACAAUGGCACGAAAAUAUUGUUGCUCAACUCUUUCUCACUUUAAAAACGAGUAGAUUUAUAAAUUAUCUCAUAUAUGAUAUUGUAUUUGAAAAAAAAUUAUGUAAAAAUGGUCGAGUCGAAAUAUUUGCCGUGAUGCCAACGAUUGAAUCUAUGAAAUUUAUGGCCGAUACUGAAUGUAACUACAUGCUGUACACACACCAGAGUUGUAUGUUUCAAAUUUUAUUUGAAUGUGAAAUUUUGGCUGAGGUGUGUAAUUUAAAUUUUUUACCUUGGUACAAGGAUAAAAAGCAAUUGUCUCGUUCGGUGAAAUAUGAUGAGCAUUCAUUUUGUUUGAUGCGAAUGGUCCCGAAGAAGAAUUUAUUUUCAAUAUUACAACCAGAGGAAUUACCACUGUUCAAAUAUUUUGUACACCAAUGCUUCUUCAAACGAAAUGGGCAUAUUAUACCGAUACUAGAAAAAUGGAUUCCCGGCAUUGGCAUAACAAUAAUGAAUUCAAAAGAAAUAUCAUCGAUUUUGGCACCGAAUUCAGGCGAAAAAUUAAAUAUGUACACCAGAAGCGGUUCACUUACGCCAGAUCAAAUCUGCAUACUUUUCAAGAUCUUCCAGACAUUACCACAAUACAAAACAUCCAAUUUUCAUAAUCAAUGCCAUAAAUACCAUGCAAAAAAUAAAGAAGAACUAGAAGAUGACUAGGAAACAAA